GGGGUUAACCGGCUGUGACGCGUUAUGGUGACAUGACUUUAUCGAGCCGCUCGCCGCACUGCACACCAACAUCACCCUUGGCAUUUCCAAGGGCUAGUCGAGUUUCGUACUUCCUGUGUUCUGGCUACAGAAUUCUGUUUCAUAUUUCGGCGGGUCGCUUGGGACGUGAAAAGAUCCACCCUUCCUCAUUGCAAGUGCUCAGCUGCUCCGCAAGUCUUUUUACCACCAGACUGUCUGGAGACCCACCACCCAUGAAUGACAUUUCUUCGAUAAACGAGGUGGAGUACUCAGAGAAAACAGGCUUGGCUCACUAUGAGAGCGAGGUCGAACGCUUAGAUGCGGCAUUGACAAAAUGUUCAGGCGACAUUCGGAAGAUACCUGUGGCUAUGGGUUUGGUGGACGCAAUUGACAAACUUCAGAACCGCUCACAUCGCGUUUCGGGUCUUAUGCGAAGCAUCAUUUGUCCUGUGUGGGGUGCGGCAUCUCAAAACAAGAAUAGAAUGUGCAGCUUCCCCCCCGAGAUACUUCCACUGGAACUCGAAGCACUGGCACACGCUCUGGACGGGUUUAACACAGCUUUGAGGGUUUUACCAGGUUUCAAUCACAUCCAAUCCUAUGCUGUGGAGAAAGUACAUCAAUCCCUCCAUGCCUUUAAGCAGGACUUGCAGUACCGGAGUUAUAGCAUGCGCCAGUUUCCUGAAAGCUUCCACAGAAAUGCUAUGCGUUAUUAUAUAUCGACAAUAGCGGAGGAAAUGUCACAUCAAUCACACGAUGUCGCAGACGCGCUGGAGGUAUUCUUUGAGUCAGUAUCCAGUUCAGUUUCAGCAAGACAGACACGGAAAUUUCCAAAGCUGUUAGCCUUUUCUGGCUACUGUCGCUUUCUUUCUCUAUCGCCAGUGCGCUGGUCUUCAACUUUGUGGAUCAGUUCGGACGUGACCCCCCACUGGUGGACCUCAGCUUGGAUUUUGAAUGCCCCUCUGGUUCUCCUACUUGUAUCAGUGGCAUCGUCAGCGAUCAUCACGUUUCUUUAACUCUUUCGUCUCAAAACUCGAUUUUUUAGGUUUGUCAUAGGCAUUAUCCUCUUCGCUUUCUCGACUUUUGUCAACGAUAUCUUUAUCCCCAUCCUUGUCGUUGUUGUUUCGGUGAUUUGGAUAAUGGG